AUGGAUGCACUCAAGGACGUCAGAAUUGAAAUCGGGUACCCAAUCGGGCUGGAUGCGCUCAAUGACGUCAGAAUUGAAAUCAGCUACCCAAUAGGGCUGUAUGCACUCAAGGACGUCAGAAUUGAAAUCGGGUACCUAAUAGAGAUGGAUGCACUCAAGGACGUCAGAAUUGAAAUCGGGUACCUAAUAGAGAUGGAUGCACUCAAGGACGUCAGAAUUGAAAUCGGGUACCUAAUAGAGAUGGAUGCACUCAAGGACGUCAGAAUUGAAAUCGGGUACCUAAUAGAGAUGGAUGCACUCAAGGACGUCAGAAUUGAAAUCGGGUACCCAAUCGGGCUGGAUGCGCUCAAUGACGUCAGAAUUGAAAUCAGCUACCCAAUCGGGCUGGAUGCGCUCAAUGACGUCAGAAUUGAAAUCGGGUACCUAAUAGAGAUGGAUGCACUCAAGGACGUCAGAAUUGAAAUCGGGUACCUAAUAGAGAUGGAUGCACUCAAGGACGUCAGAAUUGAAAUCGGGUACCCAAUCGGGCUGGAUGCGCUCAAUGACGUCAGAAUUGAAAUCAGCUACCCAAUAGGGCUGUAUGCACUCAAGGACGUCAGAAUUGAAAUCGGGUACCUAAUAGAGAUGGAUGCACUCAAGGACGUCAGAAUUGAAAUCGGGUACCUAAUAGAGAUGGAUGCACUCAAGGACGUCAGAAUUGAAAUCGGGUACCCAAUCGGGCUGGAUGCGCUCAAUGACGUCAGAAUUGAAAUCAGCUACCCAAUAGGGCUGUAUGCACUCAAGGACGUCAGAAUUGAAAUCGGGUACCCAAUCGGGCUGGAUGCGCUCAAUGACGUCAGAAUUGAAAUCAGCUACCCAAUCGGGCUGGAUGCGCUCAAUGACGUCAGAAUUGAAAUCAGCUACCCAAUAGGGCUGUAUGCACUCAAGGACGUCAGAAUUGAAAUCGUGUACCUAAUAGAGAUGGAUGCACUCAAGGACGUCAGAAUUGAAAUCGGGUACCCAAUCGGGCUGGAUGCGCUCAAGGACGUCAGAAUUGAAAUCGGGUACCCAAUCGGGCUGGAUGCGCUCAAGGACGUCAGAAUUGAAAUCGGGUACCCCCAGGGAUGCCGUUAG